AUGGACGAGCAUUUGAAGAAUCUGGAAAUUGCACCUAAUUUCCCAACAUGCCUAAUGAAAAUCGAUGGGGUCGGGCCUCCAUUUAUUAAGUCUCUGUUCAAAACUGUUGCAUCUCUGUACCGGACCGAUCCGUGGCGGCGGUUACGGCCGGGACACCUCUUCGGCGUUAGGGUUGGGAAGGACCACGACUGGUACGGCCGGAGACAGCCGUUUCCGUGUAUCCAAUUCAUCGGCGGAGACGUCCGCGAUUUGGCGAUUCACAUGUUCCGAUCGGCGGAGGAUGCUCUGAAGACGACGGGCGGGCGGUAGACGAUCAUAGCUGGUAAUGUGGAGGUGUUGAAGGUGACGUACAAGGUGGAGUCGUUGAUGUUUGCGUCGAAUAAGCGGAUGAUCAAAUGCUUGGGGUUGGAGAGGUCCGGCGAGGAUCGGUUUCCGGUGUUCGAUGUGGUGCGUUGCAGGGCUUCCGGUGAGCUGGAGUUUAGGAAUCCGACGUUUGAGGAGCUGAGGUUUUGCUAUGGUGUUUUAAUGGCGGCUGGUCUGGUGCAGGAAGAUGGUACUCGGGCUCGCAGAACGACGGCGUUUCAGCCGUUAAUUGAGACGGUGGACGUUCAGCAAGGGGAGUGAUAUCUUGUUGUCGUUACUGUCUCACACCCGCCCAAUCAAGGAUACCAUGAAAACAUCACCAAGCAUUCACAAGGAUGACAUGACAGUUUUUAAUACUCCAUUAAAUCCGAGCAAAAGGGAAGAGAUGAGAAGGAAGAAGAGCUUAGUCAGCUUUGAGCUUCAGUAUUUGCUUGUUCAGAUGAGUAUGUUUGUCCAACAUUUCUAGAUUUAAGUUUGACGUAUCUUCGCUUGAUUUCAUAUCCACAUGGAUUAAAGGGCAAAUAUUCACAACUAGGCUUACCAAUAAUUAAAUGAGUAGCGUUGGACUACAAAUUUAGUCCACAAACUUAGUUUAAAAUAAGAAUUAAAUAAGCAUUAUGAAUUUAUUGUGAAAAGUGAUGGACUUAAAAAUUAAAAAAAAAAAAUUGUAUUCCAUGAAAUUCAAACUCAAAAGUAUAAAAAUAUUUAACAAAGUGAUAAAUUCAUGGUAAAUUUUUAUGAUCUAAUAAAAAUAUAUUCAAAUUUGACAAAAAAGUUUAUAAUUUGACAAAGUGAUAAAUUCACUGUAAAUUUUCAUGAGUUUAUAUUUUAUCUAAUCUCGUAAUUAAAUUUUAAAAGCAAAAUAAAAUUUAACAAAUAAAUAUAGGCUGUAUAGAAAGUAAAAGGAUUUGUUAUUAAGACAUGCUUUAGAGAUUAGAUUUCAGUGGACAUGUUAUUCGAAUUCACUAGAAUCAUGCAAUUACUUUGUCAUACUCGAUUGCUUGAACAUAAUAGUCAUGAGAUUAGCUUAAAUUUCCUUUUGGAUAAUCCAAAUUGUGGAUUACAUACAAAUUCUCCACUUGUAUAAUAUAGAUGAUUGCAUGCAAGAAACAUUACUAGCAUGGAAGUAUGCAACUCAUCAAAGUUCUUACAUCUAUUUCUUAGAAAUCUCUUGAUUUCAUUGAAUUAGUGUGUCCAGUGUUGCAAAUCACAUAUAUCAAUUAUUC